AUGGACCGAGAUAGAGAUCGAGGUCGAAGAUUCGACGACGGCGAAGUCGUGAGAUACGGCGCAGGCGAAUCAUGGCGUCCCACACCCCGUGACAGAUCUCCGAGGCGGGCCAGGAGCCCGGCGCGGUCUCGCGACAGAGGCCCUCCCCGGAGUCCAAGAGCGCGCAGCCCUCCCCCGCGCCCGCGCAGCCCAGGCAUGGGCAGCGGCCCAGGCGGCUCCGAUAGUUAUGUGCCAGGACGAUACGUGCCGCGUCGCAGAUCCAGAAGCAUUGGGUUCAGGCGCGAUCGCUCGAGAGAUCGUGGUGGCCACGACAGCCCCAGACGACGGGAUAGAACACGGUCGCCUCUGCUGUCUUUGCCGUCACGAACGCCUAUGCCAGCGCGCUCGCCGAUGCGAAGGUCGCCUGUGCACAGAUCGCCGCCGCCCGGUCGACGAUCGCCGCUGCCGCCGAGGAGUCCCCUUAGAAGGGCCUCGCCGAUUCGAGACAUGCGAUUUGACAGAGACAGGCCCCCGAGAUCGCCAGGACGAGAUUGGGCAAGGGACCGAAUGAGAGACGCAGGUCGAGAUAGUCGAGAUAGAGAAUGGGAGCGCGACAGAAUGCGUGACAAUAGGGACCGAGACUUGGAUCGCAGAGAUGAUAGAAGACGCUCGCGCUCGCCAUUUGUUAGAGGUGGGCCGGACCGAUCGUCAGGAAAGACGACGCCAUCUGGAUUCAGGCCACGAUCACGAUCUCCAGGUCCACGACGAGACGACCGAUACCAAUCCUAUCGACGAUCACCGCCUCCGAGAGACUCGGGCGUAUCCUCUGCUAUUCCGUCACAGCCAGCUUCUGGCAGGGCAUCCCCUUUACCUCGGGUUCGCUCGCCGUACAAAUCUCGAGACCAUUCGCCACGCUAUGUUGAUGGACCGGGCAGAGAUGGACCGGGCAGAGAUGGACCGGGCAGAGAUGGGCCCGCCGGGAUCAAAUCACCACCGCGAGGUCCUGCCGCACUGCGUAUCAUGCCCAACGGCCCAAGAUCAGGUGGUGGCCAAGUCGAGUCUCCUUCAUCACGAUCUAGCGGCAUGCCCGACACAGCCAGUCCUACAAACGUGCCUUCCGGUCCACGGGGAUAUGUGCCCUCUGGUCGCGGCGGGUUCCAGUCGCGCGGCAAUCGUGGCGCUUGGUCGCAAUCAUCCACGCGCCCAGGACCUUCACCGGGGCCCUCUACGCCGGUUGGCUCGUCCGGGAUCCCGACAGGCCCACGAAGUCAGUCCAUAAGCGGCCAGGGCGGCGCGUCGACACCGACGCACGGCCGGCCGUUCAACCCGCCGACGGGGCCUGCUGCUCAGCAUGGCAGCGGCCCGCGGCAGACGCUCGCGCAGAGCCUAAUGUCGACGAUGCCGCCGCUGAUACCCGGCGGCAAGCUAGACCCCAGCAUGCUCCCGAUGGUGCUUGGCGUCUCGCGCGACGUGGAGCCGCACUAUCGCAAACUGCGCGACGAGGAGGAAAAAAUUCGCGAAGAGCUGCGCGUCAAGCAGGAGCGCCUGCGCAAGGGCCUAGCCAUGUGGGGACGGCUCGAGAGAGAUGCGGCCGCCUGGGAGCUGCGCAGCGACCUGAGCGAGAAGAGCAUGAAGAAUCUCGCGGGCGAAGGCACGGGCGGCGCGGCGUUCUAG